AUGCUUGAUUACCUUAUUCAUGAUGUUGAUUUAAAGAUUCAGCUAAACAGCGAAUUCACAGAGCAAUCAAUUUUACAAAGGACUGAAAUUCAAGUUGACAAACAGUUUAAUAGUUUGCUAGAAAAAGUAAUAGAUGAACUUACUUGGCCAAUAACCGGGAAAAUAACUGAUGAUUUUUUUGACAUAAUCAACAUUCAGUUUUCCAAAAAUACAACACUAAAAGGUCUUUAUAAAAAAUUAAAACAAGCUGACUAUUUCAAUGAAUUUUCAGAGGAGCAACCGUCAACAAAUAACUUUUACGUAGCAGACGAUGAUUUAUUUUUAAAAUUUAAUAAAGUAAAAAUCUUUCAUGACACUAUAAUUUUACAAUUGCUUACUCCAAUAUUACAAAAAGUUCGUCCUAAAAUUACUUUAUCAUCUUUUAAUAGCUGA